ACCCCCACCCCCACCCCCACCCCCACCCGCCGCCGGCGUCAUGAAGCUCGUGAGGAAGGACAUUGAGAAAGACAAUGCGGGCCAGGUGACCCUCGUCCCCGAGGAACCUGAGGAUAUGUGGCACACCUACAAUCUAGUGCAGGUGGGCGACAGCUUGCGUGCCUCCACCAUCCGCAAGGUGCAGACCGAGUCCUCCACGGGCAGCGUAGGGAGCAACCGGGUGCGCACUACGCUCACUCUCUGCGUGGAGGCCAUCGAUUUUGACUCUCAAGCCUGCCAGCUGCGGGUUAAGGGGACCAACAUCCAAGAAAAUGAGUAUGUCAAGAUGGGGGCUUACCACACCAUCGAGCUGGAGCCCAACCGCCAGUUCACCCUGGCCAAGAAACAGUGGGACAGUGUGGUUCUGGAGCGCAUUGAGCAGGCCUGUGACCCGGCCUGGAGUGCAGAUGUGGCGGCUGUGGUCAUGCAGGAAGGCCUCGCCCAUAUCUGCUUAGUCACUCCCAGCAUGACCCUCACUCGGGCCAAGGUGGAGGUGAACAUCCCUAGAAAACGGAAAGGCAACUGUUCGCAGCAUGACCGGGCCCUGGAGCGAUUCUAUGAACAGGUGGUCCAGGCUAUCCAGCGCCACAUAAACUUCGAUGUAGUGAAGUGCAUCCUGGUGGCCAGCCCAGGAUUUGUGAGGGAGCAGUUCUGCGACUACAUGUUUCAACAAGCAGUGAAGACCGACAACAAACUGCUCCUGGAAAACCGGUCCAAGUUCCUUCAGGUACAUGCCUCCUCUGGACACAAGUACUCCCUGAAAGAGGCCCUUUGUGACCCUUCUGUAGCUAGCCGCCUUUCAGACACUAAAGCUGCUGGGGAAGUAAAAGCCUUGGAUGACUUCUAUAAAAUGUUACAACAUGAACCUGACCGAGCUUUUUAUGGACUCAAGCAGGUGGAGAAAGCCAAUGAGGCUAUGGCAAUUGAUACAUUGCUCAUCAGCGAUGAGCUUUUCAGGCACCAGGAUGUUGCUACCCGGAGCCGGUAUGUGAAGUUGGUGGACAGUGUGAAAGAGAAUGCAGGCACGGUUAGGAUAUUCUCUAGUCUUCAUGUAUCGGGAGAACAGCUCAGUCAGUUGACUGGAGUAGCUGCCAUUCUCCGCUUCCCCGUCCCUGAACUCUCUGAUCAAGAGGAUGAUUCUAGUUCUGAAGAAGAUUAAUGAUUGGACCUUAUAAUUGAGACAAGCUGUGUCUCUGUUGUUACAUUUUCUUAGCAUCCUGACAAAAAGCUGCAAGGCACUUUGUGGUUCUUACAGUGAUUUCUCAUGUAUUUGGGCACACUAGGUAUCUUGUGAUUGGCAGGAUAUGUGUUAAAACUAAACAAUAAAUUAAAAUGAAAUAAUCUCCAUCUAC